AUGGCAAGCGAAGGCAACUUGAGGGUAGAGCUCAAAUCCCAGCAACCUUCCAGGAACUCAGCCCAGCAUGAUGCAACGAAAUCCUCCCAUAUCUGUCCUCUGGAGAUGCUGUUACACAGGUUGAAGGCUGCCAAAACCAAUCAGGAUGGCAAGUUUGCCAGUAUCAUGGAUGCGCUAGGGGAGUUUGGCACAUUCCAGCGGAGGCUGGUGACCCUAACCUUCCUCCCCAUCAUCCUGGCAGCCUUCUUCACGUUUGCUGACAUCUUCGUGUUCACAGCCCAGAAGCCCUACUGCAAUACCAGCUGGAUACUGGCAGUGGGCCCUAACCUGUCAGAGGCUGAGCAGCUGAACCUGACCCUGCCCCGGGAUACCAAUGGCAGUUUGAUGACAUGUCUCAUGUACUUGCCUGUCACCUGGGAUCUGGAGUCUAUCGUCCAAUUUGGCCUCAACUACACACAGGCAUGCCAAGACGGGUGGAUCUAUCCCGAGAGUAAGAUGCGAUCAUUGAUCAAUGAGUUUGACUUGGUGUGUGGUGAGGAAAUUAACGUGGACAUCGUGCUGACCAUUGGCCAGGCCGGCCUCCUGAUAGGGUCGCUCCUCUUCGGGUUCAUAAGUGACAGGCUCGGCCGCUACCCCUCCAUCCUGCUGUCAAUCCUGGGGAUGAUCAUCUUCGGCUUUGGGACAGCCUUUGUCAACAGCUUUCAGCAGUACCUGUUCUUCCGCUUCGGGGCGUUGCAGGCGCUGAUGGGCUACAUCAUCAGCAGUGUGGCUUUAGCUACUGAGUGGCUCAUGGGUGAGCACCGAGCCCACGCUGUCAUCCUGGAACACUGCUUUUUCUCUCUGGGGAUCCUGUUCCUGGCUGGGCUGGCCUACAGCCUGCCCCACUGGCGGCUGCUGUUCCUGCUGGGCGGGGCCCCUGUGUUCUCCCUCAUUUCCUAUAUCUGGAUUCUCCCAGAGUCCCCUCGGUGGCUGAUAACGAAGGGGAAGGUGGAGGAGGCCAAGCAGGUGCUGUGCUACGCAGCCGGAGUGAACAAGAAGCAGAUUCCUUUAAAUCUUCUGGACAAGCUACAGGUAUCUGAACAGAAGAUGCCAAAGGCCUCAGUCCUGGACUUCUAUAACAACAGGCACCUGCGCAAGGUGGCCUUGGUGAUGGGCUGUGUGUGGUUCACGGCCAGUCACAGCUAUUUUACGCUGAGUUUCAAGAUGAAGGAUUUUGGUGUGAACAUCUACUUCAGCCAGGUGAUUCCUGGCAUCGUGGAGGUGCCUGCCCAGCUGUGCUGCAUCUUUCUCCUCGAGCAGAUUGGGAGGAAGUGGAGCCUGGCUGUGACUCUCUUCCAAGCCACCUUCAUGAACUUGCUUAUCCUUAUCUUCCCCUCAGAGUUUAAAUCCAUAAUGGCCUUGAUGGUCCUGCUCGGACAAUUCAGCCUGGCUGCCUCGGUCACCGUGUUCUUCGUCUACACCGCCGAGCUCCUCCCUACUGUCCUCAGGGCGACAGGCCUGGGGCUGCUGUAUCUGGCCUGGGUGGCUGGAGCCAUCUUAUCCCUGACGCUCAUCAGCCAGAACCUUACCAUCUCCAGUUCUCUCUGCUGCAUCUCCGCCAUUUGCGCCUUGGCCCUCUGCUCCAUGCUUCCGGAAACGCGUGAUAAGCCCCUUUCUGACACUCUGGAGCACUAUUCCUUGGAGACAAGGAGCAAAAGCAAGAAUUUGAUAACUGAGGAUACGAUAUAUGAUAAUAAGACCGAGGAACUGGCGAAGAACACGCUUCUCAACAGGAUGACAAACGUGGACUCAGGAGCGACCUCAAGCAGACGGAAUGACUGA